AUGGAACCCUUCUCACCACCAGAACCAGGGUUUCCUGCAGAAAAGAGCUCAUCUGUGUCACAGAAGAAAACCCGUGUCCUGGUGGGUGUGACUGGAAGUGUGGCUGCCCUGAAGCUGCCUCUCCUCAUCGCCGAAUUGCUCAAAAUCCCGGUGCUUGAAGUGAAGGUGGUCACUACUGAGAGAGCAAAACAUUUCUACAAUGCCCAGGAGAUUCCUGUCACCCUCUACAGCGAUGAAGAUGAAUGGCAGCUGUGGAAAGGUCGUUCAGACCCAGUCCUGCACAUUGAGCUCAGACGGUGGGCUGACCUCAUGUUGGUGGCACCUCUUGAUGCAAACACGUUGGCAAAGCUCGCGAAUGGCAUCUGUGACAACCUGCUGACUUGUGUCAUCCGUGCUUGGGAUCUGAGCAAACCUCUGCUCUUCUGCCCAGCUAUGAACACGGCCAUGUGGGAACAUCCCAUCACAGCUCAGCAGGUGGAGCAGCUGAAAGGCUUUGGCUACACAGAGAUCCCCUGUGUGGUGAAGAAGCUAGUGUGUGGAGAUGAAGCUAACUGGUCCAAAAGGAAAAGCUUUUACAUUUUGUUCUGUCCAACACUUGUUCUUCUCCAAGAAUUACUCCCAAGAUUCAAGCUGGUGUGAAUCCAGGACAGCUCGCUUUCUGUGGGUCUAACUGCAGAGUCAUGGGAAUGGUAUGAAUUUGGCAAAUCUUUUUUAUAG